AAAAUAUAUCAACUAGGAGGAAAUGCUGACACCAUAAGCCUGAAUCUCACCGAUGGUUUUAGACAUUUAAACUAAUGGACUUGACAGCCCUUUGGAAUCCAUCCUGUUUGACUCUGUGCAAGCUUUCUGUUUAUACAUCAGAGAGGAAAAGCAAGAAAGAAGAGGAUUAAUGACACUAAUAUCACUCAUCAGAGGCCAAGGAGUAAAUGUUGGGAGAAGAUGCCAUCAAGCAGUCAGAGCUAUGACUGUCCAAGGUUGAUAAUCACGAGAGUGCUCAUUGCUACAGAUGUCAUUUGACUCUUCAGAGAAAAUCUAUCUAAAAGGAAAUAUCCACAUGACCAGAUUUACUUUUUUAUUGAAUGGCUUGAUGGAUUUCCUUUAUUCUGAUUCAUACCAAAGCUGUCUGCAACCAAAGCAAGAAAGGAUCCUGCAUGAGUCAGUCCCAGAAUGCCACUUUUACGUCACCAACAGGUGAAGAAAACCUCAUGAACGGCAAUCACAAAGACUCGGAGAGCAUCACUGAUGUCUGCUCCAAUGAGGAUCUCCCUGAAGUUGAGCUGGUUAGUCUACUAGAAGAACAGCUUCCACAAUAUAAGCUAAGAGUGGACUCUCUGUUUCUAUACGAAAAUCAAGACUGGACUCAGUCCCCACACCAACAGCAGCAUGGAUCUGAUACUCUCUCUCCGGUCCUUGCUGAAGAGACUUUCCGUUAUAUGAUUCUAGGCACAGACAGGGUGGAGCAGAUGACCAAAACUUACAAUGACAUCGACAUGGUUACACACCUCCUGGCAGAGAGGGAUCGUGAUCUGGAGCUAGCAGCUCGAAUUGGACAAGCUCUCUUAAAACGGAACCAUGUCUUAUCUGAACAGAAUGAAGCUCUGGAGGAGCAAUUGGUACAAGCCUUUGACCAAGUUAAUCAGCUACAGCAUGAGCUAUCCAAGAAAGAUGAGUUGCUCCGAAUCGUCUCCAUUGCUUCUGAAGAGAGUGAAACUGACUCCAGCUGUUCUACACCUCUUCGCUUCAAUGAGUCCUUUAGCUUAUCUCAAGGUUUGCUGCAGUUGGACAUGCUGCAAGAAAAGCUCAAGGAACUGGAAGAAGAGAAUAUGGCUCUUCGAUCCAAGGCUUGUCACAUAAAGACAGAAACUGUUACCUAUGAAGAGAAGGAGCAACAACUCGUCAGUGAUUGUGUUAAAGAACUUCGUGAAACAAAUGCUCAGAUGUCCAGAAUGACUGAAGAAUUGUCAGGAAAGAGCGAUGAGUUGAUUCGGUACCAAGAGGAGAUAUCCUCUCUCUUGUCUCAGAUUGUAGAUCUUCAGCAUAAACUUAAAGAACAUGUGAUUGAGAAGGAAGAACUAAGACUUCACCUACAAGCUUCCAAAGAUGCCCAGCGACAACUGACAAUGGAGCUGCAUGAAUUACAAGACAGGAAUAUAGAGUGUCUGGGGAUGUUACAUGAAUCCCAAGAAGAAAUAAAGGAACUUCGUAGUAGAUGUGGCCCCGCUGCUCAUCUCUACCUCUCCCAGUCCUACGGAGCUUUUACUGGGGAAUCUUUGGCAGCUGAGAUUGAGGGGACCAUGCGUAAAAAGUUGAGUUUGGAUGAGGAAUCUUCUCUUUUUAAACAAAAAGCCCAGCAGAAACGGGUAUUUGAUACUGUCAAGGUUGCCAAUGAUACACGGGGUCGCUCUGUCCCAUUUCCAGCUCUGCUACCUAUCCCAGGCUCUAACCGUUCAAGUGUCAUCAUGACAGCAAAACCUUUUGAGUCAGGAUUACAGCAAACAAAGGACAGAAUCCUGAACCAGGGGAGCAGCUCAGAGGAGGUUCAAGGGAACCUUCGGAAGGUUGGACAACCAGGGUCCUCAGGAGAGAGUGACGUGGCAACAGCACUGCAUCGCCUAAGUCUGCGUCGACAGAACUAUUUGAGUGAGAAGCAAUUCUUUGCUGAAGAAUGGGAGCGCAGGAUCCAGGUUCUGGCUGACCAGAAAGAAGGGAUUAGUGGUUGUGGCACCCCCAUAGAGAGCGUAGCUUCUCUGUGCACUGACCAGUCAGAGACCACAGACCUCAGCAGUGCCAGCUGCCUUCGAGGUUUUAUGCCAGAAAAAUUACAAAUCGUCAAGCCUCUUGAAGGAUCACAAACUCUUUAUCACUGGCAGCAGCUUGCUCAACCAAACUUGGGCACCAUUCUUGAUCCACGACCAGGGGUCAUUACUAAAGGCUUUACGCAGUUGCCCAAGGAUGCUAUCUAUCACAUCUCAGAUUUAGAAGAGGAUGAAGAGGAAGGAAUCAGUUUUCAAGUUCAGCAGCCUCUUCAAGUUGAGCAGGAUCCUUCCGUAUCCAAGCCGGUAACAGGGCUCUUCCUACCACCCAUUACUUCAGCAAGUGGACUAGUUACAGUUGCAACCUCGAAUCCAGGGAAGUGUCUGUCAUUCACAAACUCGACUUUCACCUUCACCACCUGCAGGAUAUUACAUCCCUCUGACAUCACUCAGGUUACCCCUAGCUCUGGGUUUCCUUCAUUUUCCUGUGGAAGUAGCGGUAGCAGUUCAUCAAACACAGCUGUCAAUUCUCCUGCCAUGUCCUAUAGACUCAGCAUUGGUGAAUCUAUCACCAACCGACGAGAUUCUACUAUAACCUUCAGUAGCACCAUGAGCUUGGCCAAACUUCUACAAGAGCGAGGCAUCUCUGCCAAAGUGUACCAUAGUCCAAUAUCAGAGAACCCUGUCCUCCCACCCCUCCCUAAAGCCCUGGCUAUCCCUUCCACACCACCAAAUUCACCAUCUCACUCACCUUGCCCUUCUCCUUUGCCCUUUGAGUCUCGAGUGCAUCUCUCUGAAAAUUUUUUGGCCUCCCGACCAGCUGAAACAUUCCUCCAGGAGAUGUAUGGCUUGAGACCUUCCCGGAAUAUUCCUGAUGUUGGCCAAUUGAAGAUGAACUUAGUGGACAGGCUGAAGAGACUGGGGAUAGCCAGAGUGGUUAAGACCUCUGAUACCAAGGAGAAUGGAAGAAGCCAAGAUGCAGAAACUGCUCUUCAAAAAUUAGACUCUGCUGUUUAUUUAAAUUCAGGUAGCAGUUUACUGGGGGGACUGAGGAGGAAUCAGAGUCUUCCAGUCAUGUUGGGUAGCUUUGGUGCCCCAGUUUGCACAUCCUCACCCAAAAUGAGUAUCCUGAAGGAAGACUGAGGCUCAGCCAUUAACUGACCUUUCCAAAGUGGCACUUGAAGGUUGAAUAUGCACUGAUGUACGUGGUCUGGCCUGACUUGAGAGAAAAGGAAUGUUGCAGAAGGGUUGUGAAUGUGGAAUGGGGGAAGUGAAGAAGAAAGGAGAUGAAAUUGGGAUGGAUCCCUGUGGAUGGAGUCUGGUAAACUGAAAGUAUAAAUGAAUGGGCCAUGAGUAUGUGGAGACAGAGAAAGAAGGAAGGUUUAAUAAACUCCUUCAGUUGAGUUUUCUUGUCUUGAAAAUAAAAAGUUAAUAGAAAAUAAAUUCAGCCAUACUGAAACAUACCAGAAACACUGAGCUUGCUGCCAUAUUUACUUCUAAUAAGCCCACCCAAGCAGGGAGAACCCCGGUUAGAAAACGUAAAGGAGCAGCUUUGACUAUUUUAUUCAAAGCUGUUCUGAAGGGCUGGCAAGGUAAGCUCAGUCUGUUAUGAGAGGAUGGCUUGUAUGUUUCCCCGUUAGUGUCUGGGUGAGUGCUCAGAGCACUAGCAAAACAAGGACUUUCGUCUUUUUCAUUAUAUCAGAGGUCGAGACUCCCUUUUUCCUCUCUAUCUUAAGGACUUUGGCCACUGAGAACUCAAACACCACCCAGUUUCCUUUGUAUUUAUGAUAAAUAGAAGUUCAUUUUCUAAAUUUGUAUUUUUAUAUAAAAAUACUCCAGAAGCAACGUGAGUAGGGGGGUGGGAGGGAUUUACUUUUAAGAAGGACAAUGUGGGCAAAUUGGAGCGAAGGAAACUUUUUUUUUAGAAUAUUUCUUGUGGAUAAAUGCAGUGACUGAGGAAUACAAACAUAAGUGCAUGUCUUUCAAAUUUCCUUGGAGGCUGAAAGGGAUUAAACCAGAAGUGCAAUCAAUAGGAAUUAGGGAAUGUUGUAUAUUUAUAAAUGUAUAAAUUUUUGUAAAGAAAGUUGGUUGCAACUAACUUUCUUCAAAGUGCGCUAUGCAUAUUUUUAAUGAAAGAUGACAUGUAUUUGCACAAAAAUUCUCAGGCACAUUAAAUUAUUAUAAACUGAAGUAAAACCCAGGUGCUUGCUUUGAGAUUGUGUUUGAUUUUUUUCCCUAAUGUAAAAUAAAAUUUCAACAAAUUUGCCUCAUUCUUGAUAUCUGUAGAAUUAGAGAAUGAACUUUUUUAUUUAAAAUUUUUUUUUAAAGAAAGGGUCUCACCAUGUUGUGAUCCUCCUGCCUCUGCCUCCUGAAGAGCUGGGACCACAAUUUUGUGCCACCACACUCAGCUCUUUCAGAUGGGGUUUCACUAUGGUGCCCAUGCAGUCCUCAGGCUUGAGAUCCUCCUGCCUCAGGCUCCUGAGUAGCUGGAACGGAGGGCACCCGCUACCACACCCAGCUUUUAGGAUGGGUUGGGAAUUGAACCCAGGCCUCCCAUGUGGCCUCAGCCUGCCAGGUAGCAGCAUCAGUCAACAUGCACAACAUAGCUGGGCCAGAAUGCACUUUUUAAUGGGAGAGUCAAAGCUUUUUCUUGUUCCCUGGGUUCUAUUUUUCUUUUCUCAAACUGAAAUGGCAAAGUGAGACUCUGUAAUUAAGUUUCAGCUUUCAGGAGUCUGAUGCCAGGCUGUUUUGGGGGGAAAAAUAGGAUUAUUUUCUGAGUUACUGAUCAAGACCUGCCCAUCACCAGAUGACAUGGCUUGUGAGACAUGAUGGAAAGAAGAGGAGGCAGGGGACGAAUUGCCUUGUUUAUGAAAAUGGGUGGGAGGCACAUUACUUGAUCUUUUUGGUGCCUGAUUUGCCAAUGUUUUGUUCCUUUGUCCUGACUUAACUAAAAGGCAAUUUUAAAAGCAUUCUUAAUUCUUGUAAUAACACUUUUCUAAAUACAUAUCUCAAAAAUAGAGGGUAAAGAUGUCCCCUCCCUUCCCUUUGCUGAUCCUGCUGAGGUUAGCAGAGUGUUUCCACGCAUGUUCUGAAAGGAGUACAGCAGGCCCAUAAGUGAAGGUAAGCCUUCCCAAAUGGGUCGGACAUUAGAUAUUAGCAUUUCUGAUGUUUAAAUCUCCUAAAUAUUCUAAUUCAUGUUUUUGAAAAUAGCAUUUGAAUUUCUGCUUCAUUCAACAACUCUGGGUGCUUAUUUUAGGCAACUCUUAAAUCCUUUUACUAGUUCUCUAAGAAAAUAAUCUAUUGCAUAGACAGUUACAGUUUCCAAGAAACAUCAGGAAGUAGGAAAAGGUAGGGCCAGAGAGUAGUACCAAGUUGAAUGAUCAGAUAGGCAUAUAUUAUAUAGAAAGCCAAAAAUUAAGCUGGAUUUUGUAUUGUUCUGUAUUGAGUAUAACUCAUAUGCGUUUUAAUAAUCAAUGCCUAUGAUAUUUUGGAGGCAAGGUGAGAGUGCAUUAGCAGCCAAAUAAGCACAUCUGAUUAAAGAGAAUCAAACUUGGGUUUUUGAAAUUUAGAUUGAUGUUGCAAUUCCACCUGAAACAUAAUUGUAUACUGGUGCAUGCUUGGCUCUAGAAAUGAAUUCUGUCUUCAAACUGGGUUUUGCUCUUUAAAAUCAUAUUGGGAACAGCCCGAGAAUCUCCAUUGUCACAGAAUUGUCUGCAAAGUAUAUAGUACAAAGAACUGGAGCCUUAUAGGAAGUUCCUCCUCAGUUUAUCUGUUAUACUUUGGUACUGUUCACAUUUUCGUUUUUUUUUCUAUGAUAUCAACUGUGUAUGUAUUUCAUGCCAGUGUAGGAAACUCCAGUCUUUUUUUUCCUCCUUCAAGAGAGUUUUCAGUGAUUGUACCUCAGGUAUUUUCUGAGUAUCCUAUUAUCUAGUAGGAGAGAGAGCUUUCUGAGCUCAGAAUUCAGAAUUAGAAGUUCUCCUGAAUUAUGAGAAUCCCAAAUAUAUGUAAAUAGUUUUGCACAUGAGUCUUUAGGGAAAAGUUAAUAACCAUUGUUAAAGUAGCUUUUAAAAAAAAUAAUAAUACGCUGUGUGUCUUCAAUUUUGACAUAAAUGAACCAGCAGACUUUGGCACAGGAGAAAAUAUGUUAGAGGCAGCUCACAAGAGUCUACUCUCUAUUAAAGUUAUAUUUUGCACAGUAUUCAAAGCUUAUUUUUUCUGACUAAUCUAGUACAUAGUUAGUACUUGGCAGUUAUUAACAUCAAGUUUUGACCUCUGGAAUUUGGGCUUUUAGCGUGAAGUCCACCUCUCUAAUGUCAAAUGCAUGAAGGCCUGAACUGUGCAACACAGCAGCCGGUGUGAGUGCCCUCAGGGACCGCUAAGGAGACUCUGUUGUUUGAUAUCUGGAGCCUGACUUUGUCACACAGCUCGUUGUGCACCUACCUUCGCUUUGUCAGAUGUAAAUCAGAAAAUAAACAUGAGUAGCUUCUUAAAUUUUCA